UCAAGGGGGGGGACUGCAAACUUCAACGAGACGCGAUUCAAAAACUUCAAGUAAGCAAAUCCGGAAAGAGAGAGAGAAAGAGAGAGAGAGAGAGGUGAUUUUGAAAUUAAAUUUUCACUCUCCUUCUCCCUUAUCCACCGGCUUUUUUUUCUUUCUCCGACGGUGUAUUCGUAUCGCCGGAGUUAACAGCUGUUCUGCUCACAAGUACACUUUCCUCCGCCGGUCAGUUUCCGAUCUCUCGAAUCGGUGUUCUUCGUUUUUUGAUACUGAGAAUCUGUCUGCUGCUGAAUCAUCAUCAUCAUCAUCAUCAUCAUCAUCAUUUCUUCAAGAUGAUUGGAUCGUUUCUUACGAGAGGAUUGGUGAUGUUGUUGGGUUAUGCCUACCCUGCCUACGAAUGCUACAAGACUGUUGAAAAGAACAGGCCUGAAAUUGAGCAACUUCGCUUUUGGUGCCAGUACUGGAUAUUGGUUGCUUGCUUGACAGUCUUUGAGAGAGUUGGUGAUGCCUUUGUUUCAUGGGUUCCAAUGUACAGUGAAGCUAAGUUAGCAUUCUUCAUCUACCUGUGGUAUCCUAAAACCAGGGGCACUACCUAUGUCUACGAGUCCUUCUUUAGGCCUUAUCUCUCACAGCAUGAGAGGGACAUCGACCAUAGUUUGUUGGAGCUAAGGACAAGAGCUGGAGAUAUGGCUGUUAUAUAUUGGCAACGAGUUUCAAGCUAUGGUCAGACCAGAAUCUUUGAGAUUCUCCAGUAUGUUGCUGCACAAUCAACUCCAAGGCCCCCGCAGCAACCUCAGAAACGUGGAGGCAGAGCUAAUCAAGUUCCUGUUAAGCCUAAGAAAUCCCCUAGCGUUCAACCAGAAUCUGAAGAAGCAGCGUCGUCCAGCUCAUCUUCAAGCGACAGUGACGGUAAUGAUGCUGCCGGUAAAGAAGCAGGCCCUACUUCUGGACCAGCCACAGAUACCAAAAGCGCGGGUAUCACUCAGAUAGUACAAAAGGUAGUCUCUUCCCCUCCAACCCAAUCAACCACCCAAGUGGAAGCGGAACCAAUGCAGAUAGAAGAAGUGGGAGGAGAAGGGGAAGCGGAAUCAGUGAAUGGAAACUCGAACCCGGAAGGUCCAAAGGAGACGGUAAUGGAGCAGACAAUCAGGAUGACUCGUGGGAGGUUGAGGAAGACGCGGUCAGAGGAAAGCCGUUGAAAUUAAAAAAAAGUUCAAAAAUUGUUUACUACUUUCAUUACGUUUCUCUCGCUGUCUCUAUGCUGCUUCUAGAAUUAUGUCGACAGGAACUAAACUAGUGGGAAUGCUUGUAUGAAAAGUAAAUCUGCUUCUUGUUUUU